AUGCUUCCGCUGAUCUUUUACUUCACGCAGGCACCCGAACACGUUGAAAUCCCCGGAGAUACACUGCUCUUCCCGGAGGUGCACAAGAGUGAUACUGGCAUCUACUUCUGCAAUAUCACCGGCGAGGGCGGCACAGACAGCGCGCCGGCAUACAUCAAAGUGAAGAACUCAUGCCAUAGUCCAUCGUCAGAGAUAGCAGCAGUAACCGAAAAAGGCUACAAGCUAAUCAAUGAAGCCGCUCUGGAGCUCCUGUUGUUGGAUGAAUCAGCUUUACGGAUGGCGGCGGCGAUCGGAAGCCUGCUCUUCGCAGAUGUCAAUCCAGUGAUUGUUCCAGUGUCGCGAACCGUAAAGGGCCACGAGGACCAUGCGCUCGAUGUCCGACUUGACGGUGUUGGGCCAUGUCUUCAGUUGACCGCCAUGUCGGUAUCUCUAGUUUGUACUACGAGAAGGGUUCGCGACCAAUAUGCAGAUGUCCGUCGGUGGCUUGCUCAGGAUAUGGCCAAACCAUUUUAA